AACAGUCGAACCAUGUACUACGCGAAGCAGUCUGCCGUUCUGGCCCUGAUCCUCGUCCAGCUGGUGGGCCUCAUUCAAGGCGGAGUGUACAGCUAUGAGGAUACGUGGGUUUAUCCGGACAAGACUUUGGAGUUCCCCGACAACGUUGUCCUCGGAGGCCUCGAUCCCGAAGGCUACUACAACUAUGUGGGCCGUGUGGUGUACAGCUCCAACGUCCUUCCGGCCCGAGUGGUUCCAGAGCUGAGCAAGGCUAGCUACAACACGGACACCCUUAGCAAUACGGCAACCUCCUAUGAGGUGCUCGUGUCCAACGCCACCGUCAGCUACCGCUGGAAGCGCAGCUUCGACGGCUUCCUGGAGAAAAGAGCCGUGCCAGUGGGAACAAACUCCUUGGGCGACCGCGUCUACAUCUGUCGCUUCCGUGCCGACGAGGGACUCUUCAUUGGCACCCUCUACCUGGGCAAACGCGUCUGCAUCGUAAAGUACGGCGAGAAUCCACUGAGGCAGUCCGACAAGUACGAGAUAUUGGUUAGGGAACGCCAAGCUGCUGAGUUUAUACCAUUUGACGCGCAAAUCGAAGCGGGAAAGAUUUGAAACAAAGUAUUAAAUAUCAUUAAAUGAAAAUAAAAUCAUAAAAAUA